AUGAAUAUAUUCAAGUCGUGGACACGUUUUAUGAAAUCGUCAUUCAGUUUGAUGUCCACAACACUCGUGAAGACAGUCCUCCGGAACAGUUGGGACACACUUUGGCAACGGAACCGGUCUUCCAGUGAGAGGUACGACAAGAGCUGUGAACAUAACUUCUCGCCAUCUUUUUCACCACCGAAACGACUGAAUGAGUUCUUCGCGGUAGCCCCAAACCGAUCACGUUCAUCAACGGGGGCUACGGGUUGCGGACAACCCGGCGAGUAUAUACAGUUGACCGACGGAUUUUUGGAGAGUCUAUUGAAUGAUAAGGCGAGUGAGAGGUUUGAUUACCCAGAAAAGCACCUGGUUCACGAAUGGGCGCACUAUAGGUACGGUGUGUUUGACGAGUACUCAGCCGAUGGCGACCCAAAAUACCCGGCAUUUUAUAUGGAAAACGGGACUAUAUAUCCGACCACGUGCGUCAAGGGAAUCAAGGGUCGCCAGGAGGACAUGGAGGGUAAACCGUGUAAAAUCUACGCCGGGGGUCAGGUGGCACCGGACUGUCACUUUGUGCCCGACCCUAUGGACACCAGUGCCGUCGCGUCCAUUAUGUUUAUGCCACACAUGAAAUCUAUUGAAAAAUUUUGCCAAAACGAUACUGAUGAUCAGCAAUUGCGGCACAAUAUCUACGCCCCAAAUAAGCAAAACAUACAGUGCAAUUACCGGAGCACUUGGGAAGUCAUUGAAUCGCACAGGGACUUUAAAAACCAAAACCUAGACACAUUGGGCCAGUAUUACGAACCAGCUAUAAGACUAUUAAGAGUAGAUGAUCGACAGAGCACCAGGUUCGCUCUGGUGCUAGACGUAUCAGGUAGCAUGGACGAUUACGGUAGACGAGGUAGAUUACAACGGGCUGCCACCAGGUUUGUGAACGAUCUCAUUUUGGACGGCAUGGAGUUGGGCAUAGUGCAAUUUUCUACGGAUGCCGAGCAGUUGCACUCUAUGGUGACUGUGAAUAACAACACACCCAUAGGCAAGGGCUUGAAGCUGGCGCUGGAUAUGCUCGGGUCGGGUGCCAGUGGGGUUGGGUCGGGUCGACUCCAGGGGUCGACAAUAGUGUUGAUCACCGACGGAGAGGAGAACCAAAGGGAGCCGACGAUCGACGAGAUAGUGCCGGAGCUGUUGAAAGCGGGCGUUCGGGUGGACUCCAUAGCGCUGUCCAACGGGUCGGACGCCCGCGCCACCAAUACGGCGAUGGAGACCGCGUUCAUGGGCUUUGUGUCGCAACAGGAUAGUUUUAUGUUGAGAGAUGUCGAGAUCCAAACGGUAACCAUAAUGAAUCGGGAGGUUAUCAUAAUCGGCGACAAACCGGUCACUAAACGCGUGAUAAUCGACGAAGAGUUGGGCAAAAACACGCGCUUUUCGCUGCACUCGAAGGACACCGACAGCCUUACCGUCAAAUUCAAGGCACCGGACGGUCAGACCUACGACCAGACGCACGACAAAUAC